GAUGGUCUGUUGAAAACUGAAGAAAAUGGUGACCCACAUGGAGGUGAGGUUGAAGCAGCAAGGUGUCAUUGAAUUUUUGGCAGCCUGUACUAAUUCAUCGCCAAAUGACAGCUGUUUAUGGGGACUCUCCUGUUUACGUCAGUAUGAAUUUGUACAUCACUAUGGUUGGGUUGUCAUCAGUUCAAAAUGCUCCUUUAAAAGUAGUUUUUGUGAUCCACUUCGUUUUGACAGCAUGGGGCAUACAAGGCGAAUGGUGUCCAAAAUCUUAUUUGUUUUAUAAUUCAAUGUUUCUUGCAAUCCUGCUUUGGGGCAUAUAUCAGAAGGAUUCUGAGGAACCAAUGCAGCUCGCUGUGGUCUUGAGUGCUUGCUGUAUGUUCCUAGAUGUGGUACUACUCAGUAUCUACUUUCCAAACACAACAUAUUCUAGUGAACGAUUCAGUGUUGGAAUGGCCAUCUUAAACCUGGUUAUCCGUCCAGUAACAUUUCUGGUGUUCUACCGCACGUACGCAGAUAGGGCUGAAGCAGUCGGAACUGGAAUAUCUAACCUUUUUGGCCGAGGCCAUCGUAGUCAACCUUAUGAAGACAUUGACAGUUUGGUUCACCAGAGAGUGCCACAUGAUGAAGCGUCUAGACCAGGUCAUUCACCUGGUGCACCUGAUACCAAGAUGCCUCCGCCUUACCAUAACUAAGAUGACUGUCGACUGAUUUGCAACCUUGUUGAUAUUUUUUAAGACUACUUGCCUACAGUUUGAGCUGCCAGAUGACAUAGAAACACAAGGUGUUCAAAGCAACAAUUAUUUUUCUACUUAAUGUAGUGGAUGUGGAAUUCCAGCACAUGUAUUAUAAGUGCAAUUUUGUAUCUACUAAGUGUUUUGUUAUCUUAAUGUACAUAAAAACUUUUAUCAGUGAAUGAUAUUAUUAGCAUGGAACGAAAUGCAUAAUACAUACCAUUUUUUAUUGUCAUUGAACUGUAUGUUUCUUGUUGUACAUCACCCAAAAAAAAAAUUUAUUUACAUUCGCAGCUAGAUUUCAGUGUGUUUUUAUAUAAUUGUUAGCUUUCAUAUUUAAAUCUUCUCUGCAGUGAUCUCAAAAUCACUAAUGAAGAAUAAAAAGGAAAAUUAAAAGAAAAGUUAGUUGUGUGACAGACAUAAAGUGGCUGUAUUCAGAAUGGGGGUUACACAUUCAUUUUGGAUUAUAUUUUAAUUGCCAUUUGUAAUGUCAAAGAAAGAAUUUUUUUCUCAAUUGAUUGACCUUCUUUGAGUAACAAUAACUAUACUCGUAUGUUAUUUGAAUUGCAAACUAAUUUUGAGUUUUACGGACAUCUGUUUGGCUUAACUGGAAAAGAGUGCUGCGUGGCUGGCAAGCAGUGCAGUGAACAACACAUCAUGCCUUUCCCACAAGGCACAUAAGAGGAAUUAACUAUAUUGAUGUGUGUACUUACAUGGGGAGGGUAGACUUGGGAAAUUCACCACUUGAAAUAAUAAAGCGCACUGGCAAGCCAAUUCUAAUAAAAAUAAAAAUUUUAAAGAUCCAGCAUACUGUAUAUACUAGUUACGUUUCACUCUGGUCAAAGGCACUGCAGCCUAGAUGGUAACAUACAUGCUUGCCACCCAGAUGCUUGGGUUACAAUUCUCCCUGAUGGUUAGUGGGACUGUUGGCUAAAAUACAGUAGAACCUCGAUGAUACAUUCCCGUUUCAUACAUUUUCCCGUGUCAUACGCCGAUUAAUUUUGGUCCCGCCGAAAGUACUAUAUUUACAAUGGUUUACUUUCCCGGAACAUACACUUAUAAAAUCGUUAAUUUCCCGUUUCAUACGUUUUUCCAAAGCGGAAAAGCCCUAAAAUUCUCAAUUUUUUUUUGUUAUAUUCCUCCUGAUAAACUACGUUUUAAUGCUUUUAUUUUGAAAAACGUUCAUUGUUUACCUUUGCAAAAGUAAGAAAAUAACUUUAUCAUACCAUAGAUAUGGGUAGUAUCAGGAAGACUGUGCACUUCGCUAGUAGCAUCUAUGGCCAGCACCGAGCGAGACUAGUGGCGCAAACUGGCAAUGAUGAAAAUGGUGCACGUGCUUUACCAAGGCACGGAUCUCAUAUUUUGUGCAUUCAGUAAUCUUUGAACUGAAUAUACCCGUUUGUUAUUGUUUUCUUACGAACGGAUUGUUUUGUAAUUUACGUUUCUCAAGUUAAAAUUUUAUUGAAAAUUGUUCUGUUGCAUAAAGUUGUUUGUAAAAUGAAACAAACAAGCAAAAAUUUCUGAUUUUCUAUUUGCAAUAGCCUAAUUUUUUAAAUUUCUAAUUUAGGCUUGGUGACUUUUCCCCCCUUCCAAGAAAGGACUUCAUAACAUUUUGUAAGGCCACUGUUUCUCAUGUCAGCUUUACUUGAUUAUGGACUGCAUUUUACAUUUCUGGUGGUUUUAUUAUAUGUAUAUAUAAUGAAUUCAUAUCUUUCAUUAUGCAAUUAUUUACACAUUAUGUAUUUAAGUUUAAUCUGACAUUGUGCUGGUAUGCUAGGUUGAAAAAAAAAAUAUUAUUGCCAUUCCCUUUUCAUACACUUUCCCGCAUCAUACACCAUUUUUGUGCCCUCCGUUGAAAAGUGUAUGACAGGGGUUCUACUGUAUUUCAUGGAAGAUACCAAUGUUGUGUAAUAUACAACAAUGCUUCAAUACUGCCUAAGUAAUCAAUUUUGUUAGGUUUUUUUUGCGUAAAAUUUGAAGAAAAUUCAGGCGAGAAAACCAAUAUGUUGUAAGUCAUGUGUAAUAUUGGGGUUAAUUUAAUACAUAGAAAAAAGUGCAAUUUUUUGAUUGUUGUAAUGAUAGUUAAGAAUAGUUAAAGGUACUGUGUGUUUUUGUUUGAACAGUUAAGUUAUGUGAAAUAUAAUACAUGUAAUAAAACAUGAAUUAUAAUAGUUAAGAAUUGUUAAAGGUACUGUGUGUGUUUGUUUGAACAGUUAAUUUAUAUGAAAUAGAAUACAUGUAAUGAAACAUGAAUUAUAAUUCUUAUACAGAAUGUUACAAAAUUGCGGAGCAUAAAUUUGAUGGGUGGCAAGGAAUGCCAAACAAUCUAUAUUUGGGCUAGAACUAAUGUUCAGAAAUGCAACCCUGCAAAGUUUACAGGUGCGAACAGUAGUGUGUAAAUUUGAAUUUUGCGUGCAUUGGGGCACUGCUCCACUAACUGAGAGGUUCAAACGUUACACAGAAAGCAGGCAAUGAGCUGGACACAGGCAUUUAGAAUUAGCUGUACGCACUAGCAACCAGUGGUCUGGUGUUCAGCACCCUUAGUGGUAUCAAACUCCCGGUUCAGGCAGCCACUGGUAAAGCUUAUGGAGGUCUCCCUGUUUGGUACAUUUGCAUUAUGAAAGCACCGUUGGUGAAUGUGCACUGCUCCUGCCACAAUUAUUUUCACCUGCUCAUGCACAAUUAACUCGUGAACCAUCUCUGCGAAUUUAAAUUCUUUCAUGCUAUUGCUUUUUGUUAAAUCUGUAAUUGCAGCAGCCUACUAAGUAACUGUCAACACUGUGCUAAUUGCCCAAAGCCAAAUGUAAGCGUACCAGAACCAAUCAUCCACUGUGCUCUAGACCAGACUGCUGGUUGCUAAAGUGUAUGGCUGUGGAGCAUUUGAAUGUCACUCUGCUGUGAUUGCACAUCUCUUCUCAACCAGUGUAGUGGUGUCCUGAUGCGUGCAAAAUCAAAUUUGUGCGUUACUAUAACUUUGCAGAGUUGCGUUUCUGGACGUACAUAAAACCCUCUUUAAAAAGUACCACUUUCGAAAACUUCCUGCUUAGUAAUUAAUAAAAAAAAAAUAUAUCACUUACUCUAUUAUACAUACUAUUUUCCUUUCAAUAAGUUUAAAUUUCUAAGUAUCUUGAAAAACUUGUUAACAGGAUUUACUGUAUGUUUCUUAAGAAAAAAAUUUUUUUUGGUAUUCUUGCCAUCUAUUAUAUUUAUGCCCCGGAAAUUCCAAACACACUAAAUGUUUGAAUGAUUAAAGUCAAACCAUCGUAUUGGCUGAACAUAAAUGAUGUGUAUAUUUUUAUUGUAUUUACAAUUCCUUACGUUUAAAUUUGUUUAUCAUUUAGCCUUGAAGAAUUUAUUUUGUGAUUUUAUGAAUUACUUCAAUUGUAAUGUGAAAUAUCCCUUUUUUGAACUUGCGGAUUUUCAAUGUUUUAAUUCUGUUAAUCAUUUACCAAAACAUCAAAAUGUAAUUUUGGUUUCAAACUAACUUAAGGAACUAAUUCUUUAAGACAGCUGCUUUUCUAAGGAGAAAAAAAAUGGUUCUUGAGGACUGCUAAUUUUUAUUGAUUAUCUCCAAAAAGGGAUUUUUUUUUCCACUGUAUUCUAAAAAACUUGAUAGUGGAGAGGACAGAUAAGACCACAAAAAUUGUUAUGUAAAAAUCAUUAAAAAAUAUAUAUAUAUUAAUUCAAAUUUCUCAGAAUUGUUGUAGCAUUGGAUCAAAAGUGAUUGUAAUUAUUUUUCAUCAGUAUUUACCUCCAAAGUUUUCCUUAAUUUCAAAGCCCUCUUCAACCACCCAGUUUUCCUGAAUCCAUGAAUAUAUAAGAAUUUAAAUAGAAUCUAUGAUUUUACCAUAUUUUCAAUGUGAGUGGAAACCUAACCAAACUUUCAUUUAAGUUAUGAUCACUCAGGGUAGAAUCCAUACUCGUAUCAUUCCUCAAAACAAGCAUUGCUUGUAAAUGUACUUAAGUGUUAGGUAUUUUCAAUUUAUGGUUCCUGAAACAAGUAUUAGUUAUUAGCAACAAAAAACACUGGAAGCCUCGCCUUACAUUCAAGAAGUACAGUAAAAUAGUUUAACAAACCUUAAAAAAAAAGAAAAGAAAUACCAUGAUAUAAGUAUCAAAUAAUAUAAAUGACUUUUAAAUUAAUUCCCAAAUAUGUCAAAUUAAACUCUCACAAAAAAGUUUCUUGAACUAUUUGGAAAGGUCCAUAAAAAUUGUGAAUAUUAAUUUACUUGCACAUAUGGAGUCCAACAUGCCGAACAUGAACAAUCCAAUGGAAAAUAAAACAGUUUAAGGUAAAAACAUUCUUGUAAUAUUACAGCACCCUGUGACAAAGUGAUGAUAUAUGUGGAAAAAAAUUAUUUAGUUAGUAAAUUCAUGUUCUUUCUGAUAAGCUGCUCUCUUUCAGAAUCACCUUUAAAAUUUCUAGCAAUUAUACUCUGUUUAAAGCAAAAUAUUCUUUAAGAUACAGACAGCAAUGUGUCUUUGUACUGUACACAACUGAAAUAAAUAGAAAUAAUAUUUUUUCUAAAGAUCAUUCCAAAUAAUUUACAAGAAAAUACACUCAGGUAUGAUGAUAGCAAUCACUGCUUUUAAAGUGUUGCCAACAAUUUUGUAAUACUUUUUGCGUGGCAUGUUCAUCAUCAUUUAAAGUUAAUAGAAAAUAUGUUUUUCAAAAUUUGAAAUUUUGAUCAGUCAGGUGUGUGUCUAGUCUAUAUAGCCCUUAUACACUUAGUUGGGGUUCUAUAUGUAAGUUAAUUCUGGAUACAGCCAUGUUUAAUUGUAUCACCAAUAACAAUUUUAUUUUCUAAAUGGUAUUUUAUAAUACAUAGUUUAGUAAGAUGUCUAUGUGCUUGUGUCUUCAUAUUAAUGCAUUUAUAGUAGUGUAAUAUAAUAUAUGCUUUUUUCUUUUGCCUGCCCUGGGAUUUAGUUUUGAGCCAGACCUAGUUUAUUGCAGUCAAGCUAAGUUGAUUGUGUAAUGUUUGGAUGCACCACUGUGUAAACAAUGUUUUUGUUAUUUACAUUAUGUCCAGACAACAUGCAACUUGGUUACAAACAUGCAUUUAAAAUUCUUAUUGUUGUUUAAAUUUUUAUAUGUGACAUAAAGACAAAGAUGUUUUGCUUUUACAA